GCUCCCGGCCGCCGGGGCGCGCACGUAGGCACGCAGAGGCCGUCACGUGGGUCGCCGGGGAUCGCAGUGCGCGUGGCCGUGGCGGCUGGUGUGGGGUUGAGUCAGUUGUGAGACCCGGAGCUGCUGACCCAGCGGGUGACCCACCGAACCGGCGACACAGCGGCAGGCGUCAGGGCUCGGGAGCCGCGAGCCUGGCCUCGUCCUAGAGCUCGGCCGAGCCGUCGCCGCCGUCGUCCCCCGCCCCCAGUCAGCAAACCGCCGCCGCGGGCGCGCCCCCGCUCUGCGCUGUCUCUCCGAUGGCGUCCGCCUCAGGGGCCAUGGCGAAGCACGAGCAGAUCCUGGUCCUCGACCCGCCCACAGACCUCAAAUUCAAAGGCCCCUUCACAGAUGUAGUCACUACAAAUCUUAAAUUGCGAAAUCCAUCGGAUAGAAAAGUGUGUUUCAAAGUGAAGACUACAGCACCUCGCCGGUACUGUGUGAGGCCCAACAGUGGAAUUAUUGACCCAGGGUCAACUGUGACUGUUUCAGUAAUGCUACAGCCCUUUGACUAUGAUCCGAAUGAAAAGAGUAAACACAAGUUUAUGGUACAGACAAUUUUUGCUCCACCAAACACUUCAGAUAUGGAAGCUGUGUGGAAAGAGGCAAAACCUGAUGAAUUAAUGGAUUCCAAAUUGAGAUGUGUAUUUGAAAUGCCCAAUGAAAAUGAUAAAUUGGGUAUAACUCCACCAGGGAAUGCUCCGACUGUCACUUCAAUGAGCAGCAUCAACAACACAGUUGAAACACCUGCCAGUUAUCACAUGAAGGAUGACCCCAGGGGACUCAGUGUGUUGAAACAGGAGAAACAGAAUGACAUGGAACCUAGCAAAGCUGUUCCACUGAAUGCAUCUAAACAAGAUGGACCUAUGCCAAAACCACACAGUGUUUCACUUAAUGAUACCGAAACAAGGAAACUAAUGGAAGAGUGUAAAAGACUUCAGGGAGAAAUGAUGAAGCUAUCAGAAGAAAAUCGACAUCUGAGAGAUGAAGGUUUAAGGCUCAGAAAGGUAGCACAUUCGGAUAAACCUGGAUCAACCUCAACUGCAUCCUUCAGAGAUAAUGUCACCAGUCCUCUUCCUUCACUUCUUGUUGUAAUUGCAGCCAUUUUCAUUGGAUUCUUUCUAGGGAAAUUCAUCUUGUAGAGUGAAGCAUGCAGAGUGCUGUUUCUUUUUUUUUUUCUCUUGACCAGAAAAAGAUUUGUUUACCUACCAUUUCAUUGGUAGUAUGGCCCGCGGUGACCAUUUUUUUGUGUGUACAGCAUCAUAUAGGCUUUGCCUUUAAUGAUCUCUUACGGUUAGAAAACACAAUAAAAACAAACUGUUCGGCUACUGGACAAAUUGUAUAUUACCAGAUCAUCACUAGCAGAUGUCAGUUGCACAUUCAGUCCUUUAUGAAAUUCAUAAAUAAAGAAUUGUUCUUUCUUUGUGGUUUUAAUAAGAGUUCAAGAAUUGUUCAGAGUCUUGUAAAUGUUAUUUUAAUAAUCCCUUUAAAUUUUAUCUGUUGCUGUUACCUCUUGAAAUAUGAUUUAUUUAGAUUGCUAAUCCCACUCAUUCAGGAAAUGCCAAGAGGUAUUCCUUGGGGAAAUGGUGCCUCUUACAGUGUAAAUUUUUCCUUCUUUACCUUUGCUAAUAUCAUGGCAGAAUUUUUCUUAUCCCUUGUGAGGCAGUUGUUGACUGAGUUUUUCAUCCUUACAAUCCUGUCCCAUGGUAUUUAACAUAAAAAAAAAUAAAACUGUUAACAGAUUCUUGCUCGAUAGCUUGUUUGUGUCUGUCGUGUUAUUAGAGGGGACUUCACUAUAUGUGGUCACUUGAAAUUAUGAUGCAAAGGUUUCUCUUGCAUUGAAACCCUCUUGGAUAUUACAGUAUUUUUAAUUGAAAGUCCUAAUUCUGUUAAGGAAAGGAGUUGAUUAAAUUUUAAGGUACUACUGGUAUUUUGGGAGAUUAUAAUCAGUUUGUUUUCAAGAUAAUAGAAAAUAAGGUUCAUGAGAAUAGAAGUUACGUGAUUUCAGUGAGUUGAUGUGUACAGCAUGGCUGUGCUCUAUCUGAUUUACCCCAUUCUUACGUUCUGAGAGUAUGUUCUCAAGGAAGAUUUAACUCUCUUUGGUUUUAAAGUACUUUUUAACCAGCCUAAUAAGUCUUACUACUUUUCAUGAUAAUAUUUCAUAAUAGUUAAAAGUAGGUGUUUUUUUGUGCCCAAUUUGGCACUCACAAUAAUGUUCAUUAUGGAAGUUUGGUAAUACUGAGCAAGCCUAUGGAAUUUUCUUUAUGAAAAAUGAUUUUAGCCUUUGCAAAUGUUAACCAUGUGAAACACAUUUUCAGUAUAAGUAUGCGUUACAGGGUCUGAUACUUUCCUGCACUUAGGUUUGUCCUAGUCUUCAUUUAUUCAUACUAGGAUAGAAAAUUUUGGAAUCAGAAAACAGAUCCAGUUUUUAGCUACAUACAGUCUAGUACAAGUGAAUUUUUAUUCUUAAACAUAGGUGUUGGUGAUUUUUUUAAAAGAUGCACUCUACCUGAAAAGGAAAUUGGAUUUUAGAACUGGAUGUGGUGCAGUGAAGUAUUUUAGGCCCAGGUCUGUGUACACAUUUUAUAGAAGAGUGAAGUAUUCUAAAGUAUUUUGGUUGCCUUUUCAUUUCAACUGUGUUUUGAAUUUGUCAGAUCACACAUAUAUUGUUAUUGUGCGCUGUGGUAUCUUUUAUAAAACCUCUUGCUUGUGUGCAAAAGUUCCUAAAAAGAAACACAAGUAAUGCCUAUCCAUUACUAGCAUGCUAUGCUGCAUACUUGACUGCCAUUGCUGUAUGCUUUACUGUCUUUGUAAAAAUCCCCCCCCUCCCCUUUUGUGGUAACUGGAAAAGCAUGCUAAAAAUAGUCUUAUAUUUUCACCCCAUAAAUGCAGAAUCAGCAAUUCCUUGGCUUAAAGCUCUUAUAUAAUCAAUAUUAUUGGUGAUAAAUACCAAGUUUGGUAUCUCAUAGCUAUCUUUUUUUAAAGAAAUUAAGUUCUUGAAAAUUUAGCCAAAUCCCGUUUUAUGGGAAUGCUCUUUAGAAUUCAUUUUGUUCAGCCCCUUUGUUCUAUAGUUGAGAAAUCUGAGGCCUUAACGAAGGUUAAGAGAACUUUCCCCGUGUCUCACAGGUAGGUAGAGGCAGAGCUGGAACUAGAAAUCUGGUCUGUUGACUCUAGCUCAGUGUCUUCUGGUAACUGUUGAAAAUUGUCUUAAUUUGAGAGAUGGCUGAAAUAAUGAACAUAAAAUGCUAUUUAUAAUAACAAGUAUAUGUGAAAUUUCUUAUCGUAAGACUACUACCGGCUUACUGUUGAAUAGUUUGGUUAUAGUGUUUAGGCUAGACACGCCUCCCACAUUGGUAAUAAAUAAACAUUACAAAAUACAAUGUAUUUUUAGGUAGGCAUUUUAUAAAAUGCAUUAUGCCAUGGUUGCUUUUGAGAUAGAUUGUAGUCUGGGUAGCAUCUUUAAAAUGUAUGUGGGCUUAACUGUUGUUCGUAUCAGGAGAUGCUCUGAUUGUAUAGGUGAGACUCUGUUUCUGUUAUUUUUAAUUGCUGUAUGAAAUGUGAUCAGAUUAUUUUACUACCAACAGUUAUAGUUUGAAAGUCCAACUGUAUUAAUUGACUGAUAAUAUGAUAAUAGAGAUUAAAUUGUUUGUCUUCAUUCCUUACAUGUUUAGAAGUUUUUGCUUUGUCUACCUGCUUACUUGUAUAUGUAAGCAUGAGGGAAAUACACUGUUGCUAAUACUGAAAUUACAAUCAAGUAACUAAGGCCUUAAGUUCGUAUGUGACACUGAAUGCACUAGCUUCCGUCGUUCUAUAACUAAUGUACCUUAACUUCCCCCAUUCUUGUAUUUAUAAGAAACUAAGAAAUUAUGUUCUGAGUGUGUGGUAUGUUCCCUUAAAAAAAAAAGAAAUGACACUUGGGAAGAAAAAUGUAUGAAAUUCAGAAAUUCCGAUCAAAGAAAAGUAAUUCUCUCUUUUUUUUGAGACAGAGUCUUGCUUUGUUGCCCAGGCUGGAGGGCAGUGGUGUGAUCUCACCUCACUGCAGCUUCCGCCUCCUGGGUUCAAGUGAUUCUCAUGGCUCAGCGGCCUGAGUAGCUGGGAUUACAGGUGUGAGCCACCAAGCGUGGCUAAUUUUUGUAUUUUUAGUAGAGACAAGGUUUCACCAUGUUGGUCAGGCUGGGCUCAAACUCCUGAAUCCGCCUGCCUCGGCCUCCCAAAGUGCUGGGAUUACAGGUGUGAGCUGCCGCACGCAGCCAAGAAAAAUAAUACUCUUAAAUACUUAGCUCAGAUGUUCACUUAAAGUUGAUAUUAUUUGGUAUGAGAAUUACUUUUGAACUGUAAUCUUUCAGAUUGCACCACUUUGAAAACAAGUUUUAACAGUAGGGUAAAAAUACAGUUUUUGAGGGUAUUCCCCACUUGUGAUCUUCUGCCACUUUAGAGACAUUCAAGUAAUAGUUUUCCUAGAGCUUUGCACUUUCCCAUUCACUGAGAUUUUUAAAAUUUCACCUUUAUUAGAGGGAAGGAUCAAUGCUUACCAUUUGGAAAAACAAAGAUCAGAAGGUAAAUAAAUGAUCUUUAUUUUCUAGCUCUAAAGGGAAAUUAAACUAUUCGUGAAUAAACUGUUUAAAAAUG